AUGGCGGCCUCGCCCGCGCCGCUCUCGCGAGAUCCGCAUCCACGGGCUACGGCCCGGCCGGCCGCUGGCGCGCGGCUGCUGCGUGUGAGUGAGCGAGGGGCCGUGGGAGUUCCGCCGUUCCCUGCCGCAGCUCGCGCCGUUUGUGCUCGCAGGGCCGCCGCCUUCAAGAGUCACGGCUACCACCUCGCGCAAACCAUGCGCUUCGCCGUGGAGGAGAUCAACAACUCCAGCGCGCUGCUCCCCAACGUCACGCUGCGCUGUGAGAUCCACGACACCUGCACGGAGGCCGCCAACCUGCACGCCACGCUGCGCGCCCUCGGCCGGGAGGGGCGGCACCGCAUCGAGCUGCCGAGCGCCCUGCAGCGCUACGAGCCGCGGGCCGUGGCCGUCAUCGGGCCCGACAGCACCCAGCUGGCGCUCACCGCGGCCGCUAUCCUGGGCGUCUUCCUCGUGCCGGAGAUCAGCUACGAAGCCUCUCUGGAGACGCUGAGCCUGAAGCGUUUCUACCCGUCCUUCCUGCGCACCAUCCCCAGCGAUGGGCAGCAAGUGAAGGCCAUUGCACUGCUGCUGCAGCACUUCGGCUGGACUUGGGUUGCUCUGGUGGGCAGCGACAACAGCUAUGGUAGGGAUGGGCUAAAUGCCCUCUACGAGCUGCUGGCCGCAAGUGAUGUGUGCAUUGCCUACCGAGGUAUCAUCCCCGCGACCAAGGAUGCCAGCAGCCCAGAGUUCCACAAGCUGAUCCAAAUCCUUGUGGACAUCAGGGUCAAUGUCACUGUUGUCUUCUCCAACAGGAGGAAUGCCCAGCCCUUCUUUGAGGCGGUGGUGCUGAAGAACAUCACGGGAAUGGUGUGGGUGGGCUCUGAAGACUGGUCUUUAGCCCAAACCAUCUGGCAGGUGCCCAGCAUCCGAAAUAUCGGCUCUGUGAUUGGCAUUUCAGUUGAGCAGGCAGAGCCCACAAUGCUGAAACGCCUUCAAUCUUGGGAAAAUGCAAAGGAACGUGGGGUGUCUGGAAGUGCUGGCAGCACAGGGCUGGUGGGGGAAAAUGGACUGAGCAGCAGUGAAGGAGUCCACCUGAACUGCACCCAGCACUGCCCAGGAGGCCACUUGCUUGCUGAUACCCCAGAUGUAUACGACAUUCAGGCCUCUUACAACGUGUACUCUGCUGUGUAUGCGGUGGCCCACGGCCUCCAUGACCUGCUGGGUUGUACCUCAGGGGUGUGCAGCAAAGGCAGAGUCUAUCCCUGGCAGCUCCUACAAAAGAUCAAGCAAGUGAACUUCAGCCUGCACAAGAGCCAGAUCUCAUUUGAUGCCAACGGGAACAUUCGUAAAGGUUAUAACAUCAUUGCCUGGAAUUGGAGAGGCCAGAGUUGGGCUUUUGAUGUGGUUGGAGCUUUCACUGUGAACCCUGACCAGCUGCACAUUGACCAGAGCAAAAUCUUGUGGCACACAAAAGAUCACCAGCAGGCUCCUGUCUCACUCUGCUCCUGGCCCUGUGCAGCUGGGGAGAUGAGGCUGCAGCAGAAUCGCCACAGGUGCUGCUUCAGCUGUGUGGCCUGUCCAGCAGGGACCUUCCUGAACAGAACAGCGGGGCUGGCUGCCCUCUUUGCCCGGAAUGUCUCCACACCAGUGGUCAGGUCAGCGGGCGGCAAGAUGUGCUUCCUCAUGCUGGGUGCUCUGGCCUGCGCCUGCAGCAGCAUCUUCUUCAACUUCGGGGAGCCCACCCGGCUCUCGUGCCUGGUGCACUUCCCGCUCUUCACCAUCAGCUUCACCGUGUUCCUCUCGUGUGUGGCAACGCGCUGCUUCCAGAUCGUUUGCAUCUUCAAACUGAGCGCGCGGUGGCGGGCACUGCACGAGGCCUGGCAGCGGCGCGGCGGCCCGGCGCUGUUCAUCGCGGCCAGCACAACGGCGCAGGCGGCACUGUGCGCGGCGGCGGCGGCGGCUUCGGGCCCCGCGGUGCCGCGGAGGCGUUACAGCGUGGCGGCCGAGCGCGUGGUGCUGGAGUGCGGCGCGGGCAGCGCGCCCGGAGAGACGGCCGCCAUGCUGUACAACGUGCUGCUCAGCCUGGGCUGCUUCGCGCUCAGCUACGCGGGGAAGGACCUCCCCGCGGACUACAACGAGGCCAAGUGCCUGACCUGCAGCCUGCUGCUGCACCUCGUCUGCUCCGCCGCCGUCCUUUGCACGCGGAGCGCCUUCCGCGGGCGGAGCGCGGCGGUGACGGCGGCGCUGGGCGCGCUGGGCACGCUGGCAGCGCUGCUGGGCGGUUACUUCCUGCCGAAGGGCUUCGUGGUGCUGCUGCGGCCGCACCUCAAUACGGCCGAGCACUUCCAGCGGGCGAUCCGCAGCUACACGCGGCGCCGCGACGACUGA